CCAAAACGGUGAUCUCACCUCUUUCCUCUCCAACCUUCACCAGAGCCGGCAGCUCGGCAUGCCCGAGACGCAGAGCCGUUGCGAGUUCAAAAGAAGCAGCCUCGAGGUUGGCUUGGGAGCAGCAGAAAACUCCCACACGCCCCUUUUGGAGGGCCCGGUGACACAGAUGACUCCGGAGGAAGAUUACCGGCGGCUGAUGUCCGCCCUCAACGAACACAGCACUUUUGAAGAGCAGCAGCAGCAGCAGCGCCUCUACCAGUUGGCUGGCGGGAUAUCCGUCCCGAGUCACAGCGAUAUCCUCCGGGCGCGUCAAGAGGUCGCCUCACGAAACCCGAGUAGCCUAGAGCCUCACCUUCCCUCGGCCAGCAACUCUUCCAGCCAACGAAGAAAGCAGGGACUUCCUCAGCACCGGGAUUCACACUUCAGCGAGAGGUUACGGUUUCCUCCAGCCAGCCCAAGCGGAGAUCUUCGCCCGCCAGCAAGAGAUGCUCAGGAAGCAAAACCUUGCCAGGCUGGAGAUGUCAGCGGAAAUUAUCCGGCAGAAAGAACUGGAGAACCUUCAUCGGCAGCGGCUCCUGGCAACUGACCCCAUGACUUUGCACCCGGGUCUGCCCCCAGACCACCCCGCUUUGCGGAGUCUUCACGACAUCCCGGAAGGACACCCGCUUCGGGACGAGCUCUCCCGGAGGAACGCCAUGCUGGUCCUGCGGCAUAACAACGCCCCGCUGCUAUCGCUCAACCCCCAAGGGGUUCCCGCCCUCUCCACCACCCCUCCCAAGGAGCAGGGCACGCGGAGGGGCACCCGGAAGGCCCCGCACUCUCGCUCCGAGGCGCUGGGCCAGAGCGAAUCCAAAGACUUGUUGGAUAGCCGUCCGCCGGACAGCAACAACGAGGAAAUGAAGGACUCGGAUAGCGACGCCGAAGCGAACGAUGAGAAACCGGACACUCUGAAGCCUGAGAACAGCGGUGGGGCUGCUAGCGAGGUUAAGGAGUGCAAAGAGGUGGCAAAGAUUGGCGAGGGCACCAAAGAACUGGGCGAGGUGCCAGCUGGGCAGAACCCACCCUGUAGUUCCUCCAAUGCCGAGUUGCCUAGCUAUCUCCUGGGUCCGACCAUCGGCAAAUCGGAGGCCAAGCUACUCCCCACGGCUUCCCUCCCGCCUCCCCAGCCGCUGCCAUUUGGUUUCCCGUAUACGAUGAGCCCGUAUUUCCAUGCAGGUGAGUGA